AUGAGCGCGGUUCUCAACUGUUUCGCCGCAUCAGGCGACAUUCGAGCAGCUGCAGAUUGCGCUGCGGCUUCAAAAUCACUACAUCUGUGCAUGUCAAAGACACCGAAGAAGCCCGUCGUGCCAAAAAGCUCAAUCAACUACCUCCUCACCAAGAUUCGAAAGUAG